GAGAGAGAGAGAGAGAGAUGGCUUGUCCUUGCCCCAAAAUCAACCUCGUCACGCUAUUACAAUUCUGCCUGAAGGUGUUUCGUUUCCGAGGUUUCCUACCAUUCGUGUGGCACUCUCAGCCCUGCCACGAUGCCAAGACACGGCGCGGCGGCAUCGCUUGGCACCCCAAGGAAGGCGAAGAAGAGGAAUCCCUAAGCCUCCCGUGUUGCUUGAGGCGGCGUGGCUCUCUGGUGGUCUGGUCUUGGGUAUUCGUGGUCUCGCUGGUCGCUGUUCGUGUGGCUACAAUCGUCAUUCACUUCGCGUUCUCAGCUGUCGAUGCGUAUGACCAUUUGGGUGAUCUGGAGAGUACGUUUGCGAUCACCACCCUAACUGUUCACCUGAUCACUCUCCUGCUCUCCACGGUGCUCCUGCUGGUGCUGGCGUGGCGAGGUGACCAGCUGGCUUUGCUCCUACAUGUCCUCGGCACCACUGUUGUCAAGCAUCGCACAGUAGGGAAGGGAAAGAUGCCUCUGUAUCCUCUGCUCACCAUGCUCGUGUAUCUCAUCAUGGCUGGCUGUAGUGUUAUCAUCGUCACUAUCGUCGUUCAGGAAACCUCGACGAACGGCAAUGACACGCACCAGAACUGGAUCAUCUACACGCAGAUAAUGAAGACUGUCAUCUCGCAGCUCUUCUUUCACCUGACUGUCACUGUCCUGGUCAUGUUAUUUCACGUGAUCGCCGCUAUCUUGUCUGUCAGUUACGCCAACGUCCUCAAAACCUUGCCGCGCUCACCAGACUUGAUCGAAACAGCACUUCGGGACUCCCCAGUGAACGACCUCGAUGUGUUGGAGUCUGACGGUGGAGGGAGGACUAAUAGCGGUAGUGGUAGUAAAGCAAUGUCUCCGUCGCUCAAUCCGCCUCUCACUCCGCGGGAUAUCCACACGGCAGCUUGCCACCUCAGGGAACUGCAUCACUUUCAAGGCCUCGUGAACAGUUAUUUCAAUCUCCCUCUCUUUCUCUGCAUCGCCAACGCUCUCAUGUGUAUUAUCUCUUAUGUGUUCUUCUGCACACACUACUUCGACCACCCUGUGAACCCCAUCAGACUGGCCAACAAGAUUAUUAUCAUUAUUCUACACUGCAAUACUCUCGUCUCCAUCUUCACCACGCCGGACUGUGUUUUGCGGGAGAGAGACAGACUGCGAGAGGUGAUUCUGUGGCAGCGCAUGAAGGAAACUCGUGAUGCGGAGGUGGCGGAAAAGCUGAACGUGUUGGCUGCGGUGAUGGAAACCUACCCGGGCUUCAGUGUUGGUGGUUUGUUUGUCAUCACCAAGAGCAAACUGGUCGGGCUUGCGAGUUUCGUGGCGACCUACCUGGUGAUCCUUCUACAGUUUCAUAUGAGUGAUCACUGUACAAAGUGAGGAAGAAGAGGAGAAGGAGGAAGAAGAGGAGAAGGAGGAGGAGGAAGAGGAAUAGGAGGAGGAGGAGG